AUGUUCUUUGCGUUCCAUGGGCAGACGAGCGAAUGGGCGAGCCCUGUUGGCAAGCACAAGCCGCAGCUUCUUGUGUGGCUGGCAACGGCGCCGCUGGAUGAAGAUGACGUUGGUGGUGAUGGUGGUGAGUCGCAAGGCUUUGCGUUUGAUCGCGUCGCGGUCCGCUGCGACCCAGACAACGAGGAGCACCUCGUUUCCAUGGCGAAGCUGUCUUCACUCGAGCGCCACUCUUUCAAGCUGAGCGACCAACCCGAGGCUGACCCACAGCCUGACAGCAACACUCAAUCACACACAGCCACCGCCACCGCCGCCAACGGCAACGACGACGACGAUGGUGGUGGUGGUGAUGAGGGCGUGCUGGAGCUGACACCGCCACGCGUCCGCUCUUCGCGCUUGUGCUUCUGGUGUGCGUGCAUCCCGCUCAACGAGGACCGCGACCAGACGCACUACGUGUUCAAGUUCAUUCAGGGGCGCCGCCAGUGGUGGCUGGAUGCGCGUGGCGAGCUCGUGCCGCGUCUUCCUGGCAAGGAGUACCACUUUCGCUACAACCAGUCCUGCAAGCCACCGUCUUGGGUCGCCAGCCAAGUCUUCUACCAGAUCUUCCCCGACCGGUUCUGCAAUGGCGACCCGAGCAUCAGCGUGAAGGAGGGCGAGUACCUGUAUCUGGGCCACCCCGUGCACGCGCGGGAGUGGGGGCAGCCCGUGACAGACACGGACGAGGCGCGCUGCAGCGAGUUUUACGGCGGUGAUCUCAUUGGUGUCCGCAACAGGCUCUCGUACCUCUGCGACGAGCUGGGCGUCACUGCGCUGUACCUCAACCCGGUCUUCACGUCUCUCUCCAACCACAAGUACGACACCGUCGACUACAUGAACGUAGACCCGCACCUGGGCGGCAACGGGGCACUGCAGCACCUCUGCAAAGACGUGCACGCGCGUGGCAUGCGCAUCAUUCUGGACGCGGUGCUCAACCACACGAGCGUGCACCACCACUGGUUCGACAAGUAUGGCGAUGCCAUCAAACACGUGCCAUCCGGCGCCGGCGAUGAUUACGUGGCCUGGCUCGGGUACGACAGCCUGCCCAAGCUGAACCUGGCCAACCCGCAAGUGCGCGCGUACCUGUAUGCGGAGGAGCGGGCUGUAAUUCGGCACUGGCUGCGGCCGCCAUAUGCCAUUGACGGCUGGCGCUUCGAUGUCAUCCACAUGCUGGGCGAAGGUGCCAACGCCACCAACAACGCCUUUUACGUGCGUCAGUUCCGCCAGGCCACCAAGGAAACCAACCCGCAGGCCUACGUCCUCGGCGAACACUUCUACGAGGCAACCCAGUGGCUGCAAGGUGACCAGGAGGACGGGUGCAUGGCGUACUACACGUUCCUGCAUCCCAUGCGCGCGUUCUUCGCCGGCACCGACCUGAUUGGCGACCCCAUCCACCUGGACGCCAGCGAGCUCUCAUCGUGGCUGUGCGAGUCGCGCGCCAAGAUACCGUGGGAAAACCAGCUGGCCCUGUUCAACCAACUCGACAGCCACGACACGCCGCGCAUGCUGACGCUGCUUGGGGGCGACGUUGCCAAGCUCAAGGCCGCCGCCACAGUGCUGUUUGCGUACCCUGGCACGCCCUGCAUUUAUUAUGGCGAUGAGGUUGGCGUGGAGGGUGGCAAGGACCCGGACUGCCGCCGCUGCUUCCCCUGGAACCGGCAGGAAUGGCGCCAGGACCUGUUUGCGCACUACCAGCGGCUUGUUGCUGUCCGCAAGGCCACGCCCGCGCUGCAGUACGGCGCAUAUGUGCCGCUGUAUGCGCACGGCGACGUGUUUGCGUUUGCUCGGUGGCUCGCGGGCACUGUGGUCAUCUGCGUCGCUGUGCGGUCCGGUGGUACCAUCGCAACAACUGCGAGCACGGCUGAGGAAGGCCAGCGAGCAGCCGCGAUCGUGUUGCCCGUGUGGAAGUGCGGGCUGGACGAAGGCGCCGUGCUCACCAACGUACUCGCAGGCCAUGCUACCAAUGCCGACGACGAUGCUGAUGAUGAUGAUGCCGAUGACGACAGCAGCGGGUCGUUUGUGGUGUCGCGUGGCGGAUGGCUUGACAUCACCUCCUCCACCUCCACCUUCACGUCCAUGUCCACGUCACCCAGCACUAUCCACGGCUCAGCGCUGCUCGUGGCAAAGAUGUGA